GCGGGGACGGUGCGCACGGCCGCCGGGUUCCUGGGCGCCUCUGGCCGCUGGGCUUUCUCCACGGCUGGCCCUGCGCUGUCUCCGCAGCCCGCCCGACUCCCUCUCAGAUUGGAGCGUGUGAUCCGUGUGUGUGUGUGUGUGUGUGUGUGUGUGUGUGUGUGUGUGUGUGUGUGUGUGUGUGUGCGUCUGGAGAGGAGAGAGAAACCGGGUACGCGCGUAUGCGCGCGCGCGUGGGGAGCAGUGUGCAUGCGGGGAGUACGGGGGAGUGUGUUUGUGUGUGCGUGUGGGUGUGAGUGCCUGGCUCCCUCUCGCUGAGACACACAUACACUCACACAUACACAACCCGCAGGCUCGUCUGAACUUGAAGACACCCCACAUUCCAAGAUGCCCGAGGUUCCUGGGAAUGCCUGGGGUUCUUCGAUCCGGAAAAUCCUACCGGCAUCCUCCUAGUGAGGGAUUAUUAUUAUUAUUAUUUUCUUUAAUCUGGAAGAGAAGAGAGCAAGUUGUGCUUUUUCCCCCUUCUUCUUGCUAAAUGCCAUGGAUAUAACUGAAUAAGCGGCUCAGGGCUCUCCCCGCGUGGACGUCCGAGGCCACCAUCUGCCUGCAUUCGCCAGAGCCGCCGGAGCUGCCGGAGCCGCCGGAGGGUUUAGCUCGAGUCUGUCUCGGGCGGGGAAGGAUGCGUGGCCGAGCCGGGGAGCCCGGGCGCCCCGCGGAGCCGGCCUCGGUGCCUCCCAGCCGGGGGUAGAUGCUGCCUCGCCCAGGCACCGUGGCCUGAGUGACCAGACCAUGGAGACCCUGCUUGGUGGCCUGCUGGCGUUUGGCAUGGCGUUUGCCGUGGUCGACGCCUGCCCCAAGUACUGUGUCUGCCAGAACCUGUCUGAGUCACUGGGGACCCUGUGCCCCUCCAAGGGGCUGCUCUUUGUACCCCCUGAUAUUGACCGGCGGACAGUGGAGCUGCGUCUGGGCGGCAACUUCAUCAUCCACAUCAGCCGCCAGGACUUUGCCAACAUGACCGGGCUGGUGGACCUGACCCUGUCCAGGAACACCAUCAGCCACAUCCAGCCCUUUUCCUUUCUGGACCUCGAGAGCCUCCGCUCCCUGCAUCUUGAUAGCAAUCGGCUGCCAAGCCUUGGGGAGGACACCCUCCGGGGCCUGGUCAACCUGCAGCACCUUAUCGUGAACAACAACCAGCUGGGCGGCAUUGCAGAUGAGGCUUUUGAGGACUUCCUGCUGACACUGGAGGACCUGGACCUCUCCUACAACAACCUCCAUGGCCUGCCGUGGGACUCCGUGCGGCGCAUGGUCAACCUCCACCAGCUGAGCCUGGACCACAACCUGCUGGACCACAUCGCUGAGGGCACCUUUGCAGACCUGCAGAAACUGGCCCGCCUGGACCUCACCUCCAACCGGCUGCAGAAGCUGCCCCCUGAUCCCAUCUUUGCCCGCUCCCAGGCUUCGGCUUUGACAGCCACACCCUUUGCCCCACCCUUGUCCUUUAGUUUUGGGGGUAACCCACUUCACUGCAAUUGUGAGCUUCUCUGGCUGCGGAGGCUCGAGCGAGACGACGACCUGGAAACCUGUGGCUCCCCCGGGGGCCUCAAGGGUCGCUACUUCUGGCACGUGCGUGAGGAGGAGUUUGUGUGUGAGCCGCCUCUCAUCACCCAGCACACACACAAGCUGCUGGUUCUGGAGGGCCAGGCGGCCACACUCAAGUGCAAAGCCAUCGGGGACCCCAGCCCCCUUAUCCACUGGGUAGCCCCCGAUGACCGCCUGGUAGGGAACUCCUCAAGGACCGCUGUCUAUGACAAUGGCACCCUGGACAUCUUCAUCACCACAUCUCAGGACAGUGGUGCCUUCACCUGCAUUGCUGCCAAUGCCGCCGGAGAGGCCACAGCCACGGUGGAGGUCUCCAUCGUCCAGCUGCCACACCUCAGCAACAGCACCAGCCGCACUGCACCCCCCAAGUCCCGCCUCUCAGACAUCACUGGUUCCAGCAAGACCAGCCGGGGAGGUGGAGGCAGUGGGGGCGGAGAGCCUCCCAAAAGCCCCCCGGAACGGGCUGUGCUUGUGUCUGAAGUGACCACCACCUCAGCUCUGGUCAAGUGGUCUGUCAGCAAGUCAGCACCCCGGGUGAAGAUGUACCAGCUGCAGUACAACUGCUCUGACGAUGAGGUACUGAUCUACAGGAUGAUCCCAGCCUCCAACAAGGCCUUCGUGGUCAACAACCUGGUGUCUGGGACUGGCUACGACUUGUGUGUGCUGGCCAUGUGGGAUGACACAGCCACAACACUCACGGCCACCAACAUCGUGGGCUGCGCCCAGUUCUUCACCAAGGCUGACUACCCGCAGUGCCAGUCCAUGCACAGCCAGAUACUGGGCGGCACCAUGAUCCUGGUCAUCGGGGGCAUCAUCGUGGCCACGCUCCUGGUCUUCAUCGUCAUCCUCAUGGUGCGCUACAAGGUCUGCAACCACGAGGCCCCCAGUAAGAUGGCAGCGGCCGUCAGCAAUGUGUACUCGCAGACCAACGGCGCCCAGCCACCGCCUCCAAGCAGCGCGCCUGCCGGGGCCCCGCCUCAGGGCCCGCCCAAGGUGGUGGUGCGCAACGAGCUCCUGGACUUCACCGCCAGCCUGGCCCGCGCUAGUGACUCCUCUUCCUCCAGCUCCCUGGGCAGUGGGGAGGCCGCGGGUCUGGGACGGGCCCCCUGGAGGCUCCCACCCUCCGCCCCGCGCCCCAAGCCCAGCCUUGACCGCCUGAUGGGGGCCUUCGCCUCCCUGGACCUCAAGAGUCAGAGAAAGGAGGAGCUGCUGGACUCCAGGACUCCAGCCGGGAGAGGGGCUGGGACGUCAGCCAGGGGCCACCACUCGGACCGAGAGCCACUGCUGGGGCCGCCCGCGGCCCGGGCCAGGAGCCUGCUCCCCUUGCCCUUGGAGGGCAAGGCCAAACGCAGUCACUCCUUCGACAUGGGGGACUUUGCGGCUGCGGCGGCGGGAGGGGUAGUGCCCGGCGGCUACAGUCCCCCUCGGAGGGUCUCGAACAUCUGGACGAAGCGCAGCCUCUCUGUCAAUGGCAUGCUCUUGCCCUUCGAGGAGAGUGACCUGGUGGGGGCCCGAGGGACUUUUGGCAGCUCCGAGUGGGUGAUGGAGAGCACGGUCUAGGUGGGGGUGGGCAUGCUCCCUUUCCUGCGCGCAGGGUGGGAGAAGAAGGGGAAAGAAUCUCACUGGCAAGUGUUUGUGGAGUUUCCAUGGUGAUGUUUACAUCCAGGGACAGUUUCGUCUCCCUGUCAAUGGCCUCGUGUUCCCCCCCCCAACCCCCAACACCCAUAUCACCUCCCCACCACCCGGCCGGGGUGUGCUCAGGGAAUGCGGACUCGCUCAAAUACCGGACUGAGCCCUGAGUGUUUGGAAAGGCGAGACUCCGCCUUUCUAAUCACAAAUGUAGCCUACAAGCAAGCGGCUUUGGAUUGCUUAUGGGUCUAGUGUUGUUUUUAUUUCUUAAUUUAUUUUUUUCCAUUUCCCAGACUCCUCCUCUUCAUUCACACGGAUAAUCGAGAGUUAAUCGUACAUAUGAAUGCGUGUUCCCAGCAGCCCUGGUACUGGGUAAUUGUUGCCAAUUGACAAGAGGAGGGAAUUAUUCUGUUUCCACACUUGUUUGGGGAAAACUAUGGGGUUCCCUGCCCAGAGCUCUCAUUACUCCCAACCACCCCCACACCCGACACUGGAAGGGGUGAGUGACUGACCCCUAAUACCUGACCUAGUUUCCUUUGCUUCUCAAACAUGACAUGCCACACCUAUCACAGAAGUUUGAACCAGAAGAGUAACUUCCUGGGUUCUUAUGUGUGGGGAGGGAGGAGGGCUUCAUGUUGUAGGGCACAAGGGAUCUUAACUUCCGGAGUUGCUUUGGGCUUGUUGCCACUCUUUCUGGGAAGCUGACAUGGAAAGUCCCCCUUGAGCAUGUGGCAGGCCAGGAGGGCUUCUCUUAAGGAAAGCAGUGUGGGUGGCAGAAAGAGCAGUGGACUUGGAGUCCAAAGCUCAUGUGUCCAUAGUCACAUGAAGAGCCUGCUGAGUAACUGGGGCAAGACCCUUUUAUCUGUUGGUACCUGAAUUUGCCACUUUGCAAAAAUACUGGGAUUGUAUUAGGUCUCCAGUCCCUUUCCAGUUCUAUGGGCCUAUUAAUUCUUCAUGACUCUAGAUGUUAGGCCUUUUCGCUUAGUGAUACGAGAAGCACAAGCUGGUUACAGCAGUCCCCGUCCUUUUUACUGGGCACAGAGAAUUCUAGAAGCCUUGGAGGGGGGAAGUUGAAUCUUUUUAGAAUAAUAGGCUUUUGAAGCUUGGGGAGGUCUUUGCAAUCAUCCCAUCUUUAACCCUCCCUCUCCCUUCCACAGAGCAUAAGGGAAUUGCCCAAGGUCACACAGUGAGUUCAUGACCAGGUCAGGGCAGGAGCCAAGGCCACCUGCCUCCUGGCAGUGGUGUUUGGGAUCCAUGACCCUGUUUUCACCCUGCCUAGGGCAUUUCUGUGUCCAAAGGCUGCCCCAUGUUUGUUCUUUAAGAAAGUGGCUCAAGGUGGGAUGAGGGGAUGCCUGCUCUUGGUUUCUUGAGGAAGGUCCAUCCUUGGAAAUUACAGGGUGGAAUGGGAGGGGUGCAUAGGCUCCUUUCCAUCUAGGGAUAACCCCUCCCUGCCAGACAGUGGCAAGAGAAGGGGAAGAGGAGAUGUGCCCCCAGAGAACCUGCUGUAGACAGAUUGGAAUGACCUUCCCCUGCAUCCCUGUCCGGUGUCUACUCAUCAGCAACUCACUACCUCUCCCUCAGUCUCUCCAACUCAUUCUUUCCUCUCCCAACUCCUUCCAUAGACCUCUCUUUUCUCUCUUUUGUUCUUCCUUCUUCCACUUGCCAUCCACACAGCCCACAACGCAUACAGGCAAGACCAUUCUGGGCCAAAAAGUUCCAAUGGCCUCAGACCUGGAGCUGAGCUGCUGGCCCCCAACCCCACUCUGGAACACACAAGGAGGGAUUGCAACCGUCUAUGCAGAAUUACCUUUGGCUCUAGUUCCAGAGUCUCCAAAUCCCAGGCCUUCCUCCUUCCUCACUUCUCCCUCCCCUCUCUUCUCUUCAUUCUUCUUCUUCUUCUUCUUUUUUUUUUUCCUGUUACUCUCUGCCUUUCCCAGUCCCUUUCUGGUCCUGACAAGGUCAUUAACAGACCAGGCCAGUUCCUCCUGAGACCUCAAGUUAUAACAAUUUUCCAGGCCAGUCCCAGGGCUGGAGCACAUCCCUUCUAUGGUCACAGAAGCACCCACAGAAUUGGGUAACUUGAAAGGAAGUCUCUUCCACCCUUUCUCUUUUCCCUUCCUGUUUUUUCCUCUUCUCUUUUAUCCCUCCUCAUCUUUCUCAUUCAUCCUUUCAAACUAUAGCCAUUGUGGAAGUGGUCUCAAAUACCAGCUUUCUUUUUUGCCUUUGGAUUCAGACACACAGAGGGAAGGUGGUGAACAGCGGAAGGAACCAACUCACUGUCUAUUCUCAUCAGCGGCUCCGAGUUCUGUCGUGACAUGAUAUGUACUUGCUCUUGUGUUUGUCAUGUUUCUGACUUGGAGUUUUGGAAAGCAGCAUCCCUGUGGUCAGAAUAUAAAUGCCAAUCUUCUCCUUUGCUUAAAAAAAUGUACAGUAAAAUGUACAGUUUUAAAAACAACCACUAACCACACUCCUUGGGCGGGAGAAAAAAAAGAACAUUCUUAUGUCUGUGAAUGUCUGCUGUUCAUUUCUCUGGAAACUCUGGGGUUUUCUAAAGAUGGCUUUGAAGUGGCAUUUUCUCUUGCACCUGUGUUUGUUACUGCCUGGUGGGAGCCUGCUUCUUGCCAAGUUCAUGUAUAUGGUGGGGGAAUCUUCUGAAAUAAUAGAGAAUGGGAUCAUCCUCCCAGGGUAAAGAAAGGUAGAGAAAUCUGAAGUGAAGCUUCAGGCUAAGAAAAGAACAGUCCAUCCCCAGCUGUCCCGACUGUCCUACCUGACAUCUCCAUUCUCUGAUAUGCCAGCCCUACCUACUUUUUCCUGGACUGUGGUCACCACAGCGCCUGACAACUAGGGGCAUGUGGGUAUCUUCUACCCAUUUUGGUUGAGCCCUGGAUACUAUUUUUUUCAAAAGGGUCUUUUACUGGGAAACCGUGGGAGAACAAACCAAAACCCAAACCCAAGAUAUAGAAACAAACGUGCUUCUGGAACACAGCUUCCCAACCUUGUCUUUUCUAGUAUCUAGAUCAGUAAUGUCCAGUAGAAUAAAAUGUGAGCCACACUGUAAUUUUAAAUUUUCUAGUAGCCAUGUUGAAUCAAACAUAAAGAAACAGGUGGAAUUAAUUUUAAUCUUAUAUUUUAACUCAAUAUAUCCAAAAUAUUAUUGUAACAUGUAAUCACUCAAAUUAUUAGUAAGUUAUUUUAUAGUAUUUUUUGGUACAAAGUUUUAGAAAUCUGGUUUGUAUUUUACAUGUAUGGCAUAUAUCAAUUCAGAUGAGCCCUCUUUAAAGUAUUUUACAUGUAUGGCACAUAUCAAUUCAGACUAGCCCUCUUUAAAGUACCUGAGAGCCAUAUGUGGCUAGUACUGGCCACUGUACUGGACAGUGUGACUCUAGACAUACAAUUGACUUGAAAGCACAGCUUAGAAGAGGAAGGAAACUGACACUUGUUGAGUACCUACAGCUUCCAGAUACUGUGCUUGUUGCUUCACAUAUGUUUCUCACUGAAUCAUCACUAAGGCCUUUUUAGGUAGAUAGUAUUAUGCCCAUAUUAUAGAUGAAGGGACAGAAGCUCAGAGGGGUUAAGUAACUUGCCCAAGGUCACACAGUUAAGUCUGGCUGCAAAGCCUUAGUUCUUCCCAUGACAUUACACUGCCGCCCCUAUCCUUUCUUCUUCCCAUCAACCUGUUAAUAGAUUGUAUUUUAUAUUGACUGAAUGAUUCACGUUUGUAGCCUAAUCGGGAAACCCUUGAUUAGCCUAAGAUCUGCUAGAAUCCUCAGAAUGUUAACUCCAGGCAAGAGCACCUUGGUGAAUCGGUUCCUUCUGACCAUACACCGGCCUUUCUGGCCCUCCUUGCCUUAAAACACGUUCCCUCCCCCAGCCAGGAAAAUUCCUCAGGAUUCAGACUGCACUCCCCACCCCACCCUGUGGUCACCCCUUCUCCCCUCUUGGUGACCUCUAGGAGGUCACUUGUUGAAUGAACCUUCCAUCUCCAGUCUUGUCUGGGCUCCUCUGCCCCAGGAGCCUAUAACUUCUUCCCCCUAAGAUAAAAAGCCUGACAUCAGCUUGCUCCAGAGGCAAAACCCAUCUUCUUGCCUCUUUCUAUUUUAAUACUCUGUCCCUAUCAGGGAUGAUACCUACCCAGAUCCUCUUUCCUGAUAUACAGAAGCCUCCAGCUCUUCGAUCUUUUGCAGAAGUGAGAUAGCUGAUACAAUAUUUGCCUAGUUGAUUAUUAGGCUUUCUGGAAAAACAGUUCGAGCCCUUUCCCCACGUUCUUGAUAAUGACAUAUCCCUCAGGUUUCCCUCAAGAGAAUUUUUUAUUUUUUCAUCGUUACAGUGUUGAAAUUCCAAAAGACCUUAGGAACACUUUUUUGUUAAGGGAUAUAAUUGUCAGCCAGGUUAGGCAACAGUCACUGUCUCAGGUUUCCCCCUUCUCAAAGGCAAAUUAACUUUUCUUUAAAAGUCUGUGAGUCUUGAUUUUUCGUAAGUACAGCCUGAGUACUUCUGUGUCUUCUGUUCUCAAUGUGCCUGCAGUGAAGGUCUCAGGGCUUCAGCAAGCUGGGUGGGGCUUCCUCUGUUCUUGCAACCAUUGGGAUUUCUGCAAACUGCUGUCUAGAAAAAUAGACAUACUUCUUCAAAAGAAGAGACUAUUGGCAGGCAGCACUCAAAAUCUGAAUGCACAGUUUUAAAGAUUCCACCUAGAGUAUCAAAACCAGCCUUUCCAUGUGACGCAGUUGGCAGCAAGAAACAUUUGUUGUGACAAGAAGGCUUCCCACAGGUAAAUACCUGAGGUUUCCACCUUUGCAUGAUAGAAUCAGGCCCAUCCAGGUUACUACCCCAAUAUCUAAAAGGAACACUGUCACUUUCACAGUUUAAAAAUAUCUAUUUGUGCUUUCAGCCCUUAAACCAAAGGUUGUAGCUUCCAUCAUCUCAGUUAAGGUUCUGUACCUCACAGUCAGUCAGUGUUUACAAGGCUCAUGGUUUCCCUUCCCCAAAGCUUCUAUUGGAGGGAAACUGGCAUGUUUUCCCCAGACCAAAGAGAGGAGCUAGCUUUUACCUUUAAGGCUACCCUGCGACCCCUAUCAUAGCUAUUUAGGAACUUCUGACAGGUUCAAUGAUCUUUCCCCAUGUUCUCAUUUUGUAUAACGUGUGGCAUCUUUCUUUUGCUCACCUAUUCUGAGGAAUUAGGCCCAGAUUACAGGCUCUUCCUUGGUUAUUUUCCUGCUAUUGUUGGGAUAAUUGAUCUUCUGGUCCCUUUAGCCAACAGCUGAAUGUGCUCCUGGCGAUUGGAACCAGAAUUCUCCUCCACCAUCUCAUGCUGGAAUCUGUCUGGGAUUGGAGCAAGGAAGAUCUCAUGAUCUAGUCCUUUCCAAGACAUCAACAGUCACAUGCUCGGUUUCCUACUGCUGAGACAGUGGAACUGGAAUUUCACCCAUCUCCAUGGGAUCCCCAAACCCAUCUGGCCCACAGUCAGUCAGCCCACUGACCAACCUCCCACAGCCCCAGCCCAUCCGUCCAGGCUAUCCAUCUGGUUAGUUGGUGAUGAGCACACCCCCUCUUCUCCUGCACCUCCUCUGUAACAUGUGUUCAGCGGUGCUCCCUAGCACACCCCACAGCAGCACUAACAUUCAUAUACUUUGCAAGGAUGAGUUUUCUUUCCCUUGAAUCUCCUAGGCUACAUCCAAGAUACCCUGUUUUCCAAACCAUGGAGACCUCUGUUAGCUGACCUAUCUGACAUUGUUUCCACUUUGCUGUGAAGUAAAACCUCAGGGCCCUACAUCUGUGCCCUCUGUCGGAUGGCAAAAUCCGUUUGUGCUCAUUCAGCAUGCUCUUGCUGACCUGCUGUGUGCCUGGCACUGUGCAUGGUAUCAAGAGAGAUAAAAGUCAAAGUAAAAGACACUAUGCAUGCCUUUGAGGGCCUUACACAUUACCCUGAAGGACAGGGACAUAAACUGAUGCUUUAGAUCUCUGGUUAUCAAAGAUUGGUCUGUUUUCACUAAUUUCAAGAUAACUUAUAAAUCUGGCAAAACUACUAUCCAAGAAAAGAUGAACAGAUAGAUUGGCCAAAGGCCAUGCAAUAUAAGAUGGCCCCUGUGCUUGGAAGAAUUCACCAGAUUUUAAGUUCCAAAAUCUUGAGUCACUUUACAGAAGAGGAAAUUAAGACCUGGUAUGGAAAAGUGACUGGCUUUGGAUCUAACAGGGGCACAUUAAGGACUCGGGUCCUGUGCCUGGACAAGCAGGGGUUGAAGGAAGCAUCUCUGGCUGUCCUAGGAGCUUGAGAGGGGGUGUGGUGGAGGGAACAAAGCAGGCCUGGAAGAAGGGUAGUUGCAGAGAACUAGAGGGUCCUGAGUAACCCAAGGCAGGUGCAGUUGCUCUUGAGGGAAAGGGGCUGUUUAGUUUGGGGGAUCUGGGUUGAGAGCCUGUUUCUUGGCCACAGUUUCCUUUUUGGUAAGAUAUCAAUGGUAAGUAUCGACUUCAGUAAGUAUGCUUCUGUAGUACUAUGUACUUAUACAGAUCACAUAUUGGAUUGGAAAAGGCAGCAUAAUAGUCAUUAGUAUUAAUGAUAUGCAUCAUUUAAAUUAAUAUAAAUUAUAGCAUAUUCAUGAUAAUAUUACAUAUGUUAAGCUCAUAGACUCUCAAAGCUGGCAAAAGCUAUCAGAGGUCGUCUACUCCAGCCUCCCUCAAUGGGUUUUAGGAUCCCCUGUUCAAUAUCUAUUCAAGCUCUUAUUAAUCUUAUUACAAGCAAAAUUAUGCAUGAUGAAUUUCAGGAUUUACCCAAGGCAGGGAGUAGCUCUCUAUACUCUAAUGGGACCAUGGCUCCAUAUUCCUGGUGGGCCCUUGUGAAUCCAUCAUUCUUGACUUCAUGGGAAAUCCAGAGCCCAGACAUCAAGCAACUCCCAAAGACUGCUAUGGUCAAAAUAGUGUUAAAAAAACAGGUACAGAGCCGGGGUCCCAGCUGGGAAAAUCUCAAGAGGUUUGGUAUUCCCUUGCCAAAUCAGUACUGGUCUCCGUGAUUUAGAGCAAAGAAAGGAGGCAGGGAAGGGGCAGAGAGUACAUGGUAACCUCUGUAGCCCCUGAUGCCCUGAAUGUUCUGACGUACACAACAGUCCCCAUAAUAGGUGGAAGCACCUGGAUAAUUCUAGACUUCACUUCUGGGCUGAGGAUAGCCAUCCUGCCCCUCACUGAUUGGUUCCCUAAUCCUUCUCACCCUUCAUCUUUGUUCCAGGAUUGGCCCAACAGCCAAAAUCUAACAUUCAGUGCUCUGGAAUGACACAAAUGCUGCCACCAAAAACCUCCCACUGUUCCCUUCUAGGAUGGGAAGACUGCCAGGUGCCAGGAAAAUCACUCAGUGAGAGCCUGACUCUGAUCAGAGGGCUGAGAGUGAGCCAGAGGCUCUCCACUUGAGAAGGGAGGUGAGCUCUUCCCAAGGGGUGGGGGGAUGGUAGCCCAUUGACCAGCCCUUUCUGCCUCCCUUUAAUACCUGGACCCCUCUAGUCCAAAGGCCAUCCAUUUGCUCGAGGUAGGGAGAUUAAAAUUCGUUCCCAAUUUGGUCUUCUGAAUCAACACACUGAUCCUAAUGUGAGUGAAAAAAAAAAAUGUUAGAGAAAUGGUUUCAUCCUAAGGUCAGAGAGGGUUGGUUGAAGUGUGCAUGGCUGGACAUAUUCCUUGGGUAGGGCUGAUGCUUCACAGUUUGUUUGGGGAGAGCUGGGGUGUGCCAGGACAUAUAAUUGCAGAUGGGGUGACUCACAUACAUGAAGAGGUUGGAUUCUGUGUUUAAGGUAAAUAGAGAAGACUGUGGGUCACUCCAGAGGUCUGGAAGCAGGCAGGGAGGACCUCAACAGUGAAAAAGUGCAGAAGCCCAAUCCUUCAUUGGUCUCCGUGCUUUUAAGAGUCCUGGUGAGGUUCCUUCUUCUAAGGAAUCAUGCAAACUGCUCUGGGCUAGCUCAGCUUUGAUUUGCGAGGGAAGCAGAGGCAUGGAAUUGUCUUGGGGCUUUUUUCUUGAGGCUCAAGGUCUUCCAUCCUUUCUUAGGUUACAGAAAAUGAGAGUUUGUGCCAGACAUGAGAAAACUAGAGAAAGGGUGCCACCUGUGCUUUCUACCCCAAACCAAAGAUGAAGGGGCUCAGAUAAGAGUGCCUGACUCCAGGGGUGAACAGCUGCCUGCAUUCAGCUUUGUCUGCAGAAUGGUAGAAAAGAAACAAAACUGGAGACAUUUAUAUGUAGAGGUAUACAAAGUCAGCAGCACAGUCAAAAGGAUUCUAUAGCAUCUCAACAUUCCAAACAUUUCUUUAGCAUGGAUGAUCGUUUCUUCCAUUCUUUAUCAAAAGCCUGAUUGCUUCAUGUUACAAAUGUUUCCAAACUGAGUAUCAAAGUCAUUUAUUUGGCUUAGUUUUUAUAGAGCUUGUGGGACAGAAGUAGGUCUCAAACUUUAAAUCUUCUGACCCCAGAACUGAAGUUCCCUUCACACCACAUCCCCGCACUCAGGCAUUACAGUGAUGGCUGGCUGCCACAGCAGGAAAGAGGGCAAAACGUGAGGCUGAGAAGGCAGCCCAGAGCUAGGAAAGACAAUGUCCAUGCAAGUGGGAGGAGAGUCAGGCCUGGGAGAGGCAGACAAAGGGCACCAGACCAUGGAGAGUUGAGAGGAGGCUGAAGAGAGGAGCUCUGCCAGAAUUCUCCAUGGACAGGAGGCUCUCUCAGCUCCCCAGUGCCAAUCUAGCUGGGACAGGCAUCAGAGAUUAUUGUCCAUUGUGACCUGAGCAGGAAAGAUGGAAUAAGAGGGAUCUAGGAAAGGAUAAGUAGGAAAGAGUGGGGCGUGGCAGAAUCAGAAGAGUCUGGUUGCGGGGACACAGCUGUCCAGGUCCAGGCUAUGGGCCCGCCUACCCACUGUCCACGUCUAAAGGUAGGGGAAGGAGCAGCAUGCUGGGUAGGGCUCUACCUGGAGUGACCCUCUACCUAGUGAAACCAGGAGGCAAGUAGGGACCAACUAGGAGUCAUGGUCAUUUUCAAGAUUUGUAUUUGUCCUGUCUGCUUUGAGGCUCCAGUUCCUUCCUGUAUGAAGGCAAAGACUUCCAUCCCUCAUGUAAGAAUAGAGGCACACUGGGAAAUCUUGAGGCCUGGUGAAGGAAGAAAGGACUGGCUUCUCCAUGAAUACUGGAGGUCUCAUGGCACAGUCCCACUCAUUAGAUCCACUUGUCUCUUCCAGGGAAUGGCUUGGAGACUAAAUGGGUGGAGAAUGGCUGAGGGUAAUGAGCCCCAGCCCUUCUAGAUUGUUCCAGAGUGUUCAUCGUAUUGUUAACCAGUCAUAUCAAGUCUCUUUGGGAGGAAGGGUGUUGUACAGAAGGGUGGGACUCUUUCAGAAAAUACCAUGGUAUCUAGAUUGGCCUUGAACCAGCUAGAGAAGGGAGAAAUAAUGAGCACAGGACUCAGGAUUCUUUCCCCUUUUGGUUGUGAUGCAGCAUGAACAGGAAAGCUCUCAGCAGAAUAGAAAGGACUAUUCAAACAGGGAAAAGGAAACUCAUGUUAUUUACCAAACACUGUGGUAAGCAUCCCAUAUUUCUCAUGUGUGUUAUUCCUCAUGAGCCUCACCCAUCCUUCUGACAUAGGGGUUGGAUCAUUCAUUUUACAGCUGAGAAAACUGAGACAUGCAGAAAUUAAGCAGCCUGCUGAAAGUCAUACAACUAGUUAGGGGAAGAGCUGGAUAACUGCUUAAUAACUAGAGUUACUCCUAAGUUACCUAAGGAACAUCAAGGGGCAUUAGAAUUUCAGUGAAUUUUCUGGAAGGAAUCGUAACAUGUGAGCAAUGAGGUUAAAAAAGUGAGCCUAAAAUUAAAAAGUAGAAGCCAUGAAGAUAUGCACUGGGCAAAUAAUAUUCUCUGUGCCUGUCCUAGUGCCUCAUAUGGUAAGAAAUAAAAGGUUGCUCUUAGGGUCCUUAAAAUUUGUCAUCUCAAACUAAGUACUAAAUAAUUCCCAGAUUACUGCUGCCUUUUCUAAAAUGUAGCGGUUGGAUGGAGAGGGGAGGAGUAAGGUGGCAGGCCCUAACUACAACUGCACAGAAUAGGGGAGGUGGCUCUCUCCCCAAGGAAGGCAAGGGCACCCCAUGUCCAUUCCUUCAAGAGCUGAGUAUUUUUCCUGGUUUCAAUAUCCUCAAAUGUAAAAUGGUUCUGGUAUCUACCUCAAAAGAGUAUUGUGUUUGUAAAUUAAAUAGCCCUAUACAGUUAUACAAAUAACAAAUAACCUGUAGGAUUUGAGAAGUCACCAACUCAUGAUGAUUAAUGUAAUGGAUCACCGAUAAAACUGUUAAAAUUACAAGAUAUUAAUGGCCAUUACACGGAUAUUAGGUCUGGAAUCUCAGAGCUGGAAAAUACCAGAAAUCUCCAAAUAAGCCUUCCUCAGCUCAUCAAUAUCCCUGCCAGGUGGUGUUAUUCUGAUUACAAAUUAUUCCUUAGUUUUAAUUCAUAAAUCCUCUAAGGAAGAGAAAACAUGAUAUUCUCAUGCCUUGUGCUUCAAGGAGCUCAGUACUUGAUUGUGGCUCCAGGUUUGUACAUAUUCCACCGUUCCUGCUCCUUAAAAGACCCCACAGCCAUAACAGAAAACUGCCAGUAUCUGCUGUGGUCACUACUGAAGUAGAAACACAGCCAACCAGGGUCCUUGCUGGGAAAUAUUCGGGAAAUCAUAGGAGUACGUUGUUCUCUUGCCAAAUCAAGUCGGGUCUCCAUGACACAGAGUGGAAGGAAAAAGGGGAAAGGCCACAGGGACACUGGCCAACUGUGAGGCCCCAGUAAAUGAACGUUGCAUUCUGCUAUGAAUUUCACUACCAGUUGUGCAGUCCAGGACAGUUGGCUACCACCUGCCAGACGCACAGCAUAUGCCAAUGAUGGGGCACUCUCUUCACAUUCUAAGCAGGAUACCAGGACACCACCACCCUGCCACUAGUAAUUUGUUCCCUAAGAAGUCUCCAUUUACCUUCAUUCAAGGACUGGAAGACCAAAGUUAUAAAAAUAGUAACCAGUAAAAUUCCAGGACCUCAAUACUAAUCACUAUUUACUCCCAUCCACAUCCUCCCACUUGACCUGACAUUCAGGUGGAUAUAUUUGUUCCUUUAGUUCUUGCCCUAAUACAAGGUAAAUGAUCAGAGUAAACUGCCAGGUAUCCACUAAACCAACCGGUAUCAGGUCCCUGCCUAAGACAAUGAGGGCAUCCUUCAAAGGGGGAGGUGGGAGGGCCAAGGACAUCCCUUAUAACAGCCCUCCCCAUUGUCCAUCUCCCUCUAGCACAAACACCAAUUGAGCUGGUUUGGGGAAAAGAAUAAAAUAUCAAAGUCUUCUGAAUCAGCACACCAUUCAGCCCAAACAAAAAAGAAUGACAUAGAGCCUUUAUUAAACUGGUUCUGAGGUAUGUGGGACUAGCCUGGCUGGUUGACCAGGCUUCUUGAGCCCCACAGGCCUCUUUCACAGAAAGGGAGUUUUGAUCAACAAGACCAUGUACAAAAGGGGGAUAAUAUACCCAUGUGGGGAGCCAAGUUUCCAUGUUGAUGGUAAAUGGAAAAACUUUGAGUCAGAGCUGAGCUCUGGGACAAAAAGGGAAAAGAGGAGGGAUGAAGGGAAGGGGCCCAGUUCUUCUUGACUGAUUCUAAAGCUCAUAGUGGGAUUCCAUCUCACAGCUAGCCCUCUAUACUAAGGAACCAUACGAAUCUUAAACCCCCAGGGAACCUAGACCUGGGAAGGCUGAACUUGCUAUUUGAGGGUCAAGUCUACUCCCUGGAGGUAGAGUACUGGAUAUUUUGAUGGGGACAAGGAGGGUGCAAGUGUAGAGAACCAACGUCUCAAGUCCUACUGACUGAUACUAGUCCAAAUAGAUCAAGCUCAGCAAAGGCUGGUAAGCCUGGGUAAGGUUCCACAAGGAUGGAUCUUCCUAAGGGCGGGGGGAGCGGGAGGCGCUUUCCAGUUCCUAGAAAAAUGGCGGUGCGUGCAGACUGCCUCCCUCCUCUUCAUUGUAGCUUGAUCCUGGGCAGUGACCGUUCCUAUAAAAGAAAAAAAAAAAAAUCAGAAGAAACUUGAUACAUACGAAGACAAAACACAGCAGAGAAACAAGACAAAGUUAAAAUCACAAAAUGUAAUUGGCAGCACAUCUGUUUUCAAAAGAUAUUUACAUAAUUACGCCCAUUCUCACAAGAAUUCUGGAUUAGGGCAUUAUGAUUGUGUCACUUUCCAGUUGAGCGGACAUGCCCACAAAGGGUAAGGUGUCUUUCCCAUGAGCACACGGCUUAGAUGGAAAACUUGGGGCUUGGCAAGGGGACCUUCUGACCCCAGAUCUGGGUUCCACCCGCCCCAACCCUUCACCAGUCACCAUAGGGAGGGAAGGGAGAAAUGGGAGCGAGGCGGCAGCGAGCCCAGGAGGAAAAUACCCACACAGAAAGAGUCAGGCCUGGGAGGGGCCAGUCUGGGGCACAAAUGCUGGAGGUUUCAUAGAUGGGCUGGCGCUGGCGAAGGCAGGUCUGUCAGUGACGCACUUGUCUUGUGGGUCCUGGGCUCUUUCAUGGCACGCAGGGCACUCUCCUUCCUGGGAUGGGAGAAUGGAAUUCUUCUUCCAUGAGAGAGAAAAUACGGAGGUGAAGAAGAGCAGAAUGGGCAAGUACCAGACUGCAGCUGCAGCCAAGCCAGGGAAGAGGCUCACAAGGGUCCUCGGCGGCUCCCGCAGGACAUUCCCUCCCCAGCCGGUUGGGAAGCUCCACACCUAGGCGAGGACGGGCAGCAGCGGCCCGGGGCAGGCUUCCGUGGAAACUUCCAAAACCACCUUGCCAGAUAAGAAAACUGAGACACAGAAAAGUCACACAAGAUUAUUGAGGUCAACACAGAGAACAGUGGAACCGGCACCUGACCCCAGGCAGGCGGAACCUUCGUGACCACACCACAUGGCCACAAGGAGUGGGCAGGGAAGACAGUGGGGCUAGCAGGACAAAAAUGACAUUUCCCAGAGUUUCUUGCUGUUUGGAUCUGGCUGCAGUUUCGGUUUUGCCAACAAGAGGCAUUUCCAUGAGCUCUGGACAGUGGCAGAGAGCAGAGGCGUUCCUCUGCAGUGUGUUGGACGGUCCGCGGGCUCCUGCCAACGUGAGGAUUUGCAGCAACUGGUAUAUCCACGGUCUUGUCACCAGCUUCCUGAAUGCAGGGCAGCUGGAGCCACACCAGUGGUCCUUGCAGGGGCAGCAGCUGUCUCCUGGUCUCAGGCUCACAGCUGUGGGGAUGUGACCUUAAGCCUAAAGCCUAGCAGUGGUCCUGACCUUCAUUUGUCUAGGACCUCUGAUCACUCUGUAAGUCACUAUUUCCCUUAUUAAAUCUCUUUCUGCUGGA